UAAUUAAGAUAUUUAGACUAUUCUUCUUCUUCUUCCUCUUCUUCUUCUUCUUCUUCUUCUCCCCCGAAACAAUUUUCACAUCACCAGAGAAAUAAUGUUAAUCUGUUCUGUUUGAGGAACCAAUUUCCAUGGAGGAUCAGAAAGCCAACAUAAUUUCUCUGUCCUUAAUUCUCCUCCUCAUCCUUCUCCUCAUUCUCGCUCGAAUUUUCCUCAAAUUUUCCAAAGCUUUUUUCCUCAUUUGCGGCAUCGAUGUCUCCCUCACCGUCGCUAUCUUGGUCUACAUGGUCAUCCGACUACGCUUCACCCGCAGAAGAAAACAGCUCGAAUCUCAGUUAGUUUCCGAAGGUCGAGAGCUUCGGAUCGAGUAUAGUUUCUUAAGAAAAGUCGCCGGAGUUCCCACCAAGUUCCGCUACAAAGAGCUCGAGGAAGCCACUGACUACUUCCGAGCCUUGAUAGGCAAAGGAUCCUCCGGUUCUGUCUUCAAAGGAAUCCUCAAAGACGGCACUGCCGUAGCUGUCAAGCGGAUCGAAGGUGAAAAUCGAGGAGACAAGGAGUUUCGAGCGGAGGUAUCCGCCAUUGCUAGUGUUCAACAUGUAAACCUCGUUCGUUUAUUUGGUUACUCUACUAAUUCAUCUGGACCUCGAUUUCUUGUUUACGAAUUCGUACCCAACGGAUCUUUAGAUUGCUGGAUUUUCCCUAAAAAACCUAGACACAAGAAUCGAAAUCGCCCCGGCGGUUGCUUAGCUUGGGAUCUGAGAUACAGUGUCGCCAUUGAUGUUGCUAAAGCCCUAGCUUACCUUCACCAUGAUUGCCGAUCCAGAAUCUUACACCUCGAUGUGAAACCAGAAAACAUCCUUUUAGAUGAAAAUUACAGAGCAAUCGUUUCGGAUUUUGGCCUAUCGAAGCUGAUGGGAAAAGACGAGAGCCGAAUAAUGAUAUCGAUGAGAGGAACGAGGGGAUAUUUAGCUCCGGAAUGGCUAUUGGAGAACGGGAUUUCAGAGAAAUCGGAUGUAUACAGCUACGGAAUGGUUCUUCUGGAAUUAGUCGGAGGUCAGAGAAACGUGAGCGUAGUUGAAAAUGGAGAAGGCAGAUCUAAGAAGAAAUGGCAAUAUUUUCCUCGAAUUGUGAGUGCGAAGAUGAAGGAAGGGAAAUUAAUGGAAGCUGUGGAUCAACGGCUGCUGGAAACGGGGGCGAUCGACGAGAGAGAGGUACGGAAACUGGUUUGUGUGGGUUUAUGGUGUAUACAAGAACAGGCGAAGCUGCGACCAACGAUGGCGAUGGUGGUGGAUAUGCUUGAAGGCCGCGUCGCGGUGGAGGAGCCGCCGGAUACGGAAAUGCUCGUCGUUGAUUUGUUGUCGAUUGACGAAGAGAUGAUGAAUAGUCAGGAGAUACCAAAGAUUGUUCCGUUUAGAGAACGGAUGAAGGAUGGAAAUGUUCCUUCGUCAUCGUCGACGCCGUGUUCUUACGCAUUCUCUAUACUCUCCGCACGGUGAGGUAAGGGGGAGGGUGGCCGGCCGUCGCUCUCCCUUUGACUUUUGUUUGCCCUAACGGCCUAACCAAAGUCCUGAAAUUGCCCACGUUGUCUUCUUCAAUUUUUUUUUUCUUUUUCGUUUUUUACGGCUAUUUUUUAAUCAAAGAUUUGAUAAAUGAAAUAUAAAUUUUGCCCACCUAAUUUCUUACCUCAAAAACUUCAUACAUAUAUAUAUAUAUAUAAACUAACCAAUACAUUUUUGGAAGAAAAAUUCAUAAUUA